UAAGAGUUAGAACGUUUACCUGACCUAUGUAUUUGUUUGUUUUUGUACCUCAUUUGUUUACACAACAUAUAUAUUCAUCAGGAAAGGUUAUGUCGGUGUCAGAUUUAUGUGAUACGAUUGACAACAGCGAAGAAGACGAUGGAUUUGAAGAAACAGCUGUUUUAAGACGACCAUUGGGAUCCAACAAAGGACGAGUGAUAUCAUCAAGAGAUAGUAUUGUGUACAAGUAUGAGACUCUCUGUCACUGUGAAGAGGAAUGCCGUUGUCAUGUUCAGCAGAAUUUACGGGAGAGUACCGCUAUGGAAGUUAUGGACACCACUACCAGAAGAUCCGUUAUUGAUUUUAUGGUAAAAGAAGAUGUCGUAAAAGGUGGAAUGAAUCUUCGUUCGAACGAUUACGGACAUUAUAUAGAAAUCACAGAUACCCGUAAUAAAUACCCGUCCAACAUGGCAUUGCGCAAUACAGACAACAUUCUCGGUAUUAACAAUCAAGCAGUUGAUCAGUAUCAUCACAAUAUUGUCUUGGAAAUGUUCCGAAAUAUCAUUCAGGCUUCAACGGAAGAACCACUUAGUUUGAUAGUGGAAAGACAAGAAGAAAAUGGAAAUAAAGACAUAAUAGAAAUUGAAGUAAAAGUUGAAGUCGAAUUUCAAUACGAACCUAUAGUAAAAGUUGAGGCAAAUGUGUGUCAUUCCGCAUCAUACGACCUCAACAUAAAAUGUGUUCGGUAUCUUGAAUGCGUUGACUGUCGUAUACACAAUGGCGGGAAAACUAAUUACUACGUAACGACAGAUAAAAUUGAUAACAUACAUAUGAGACCUCUAAAACAUUCGGAUGAAAAGAAAAAUAUUUUUAAAUGUUACAAGUUUCACGGCCUUUGUGUACAGCGUGGCAGACGACCGAUUCCAAUGUUCAUCGGUGUUUUCAAGUCCUACGAAGACAACGAAUUUGUAAUGGCUUCAAGCAAGACAACUCUUUCCCUUAUUAAUAUUCCCACCAAACUUAACACAAAUAUCAGACAAAUUACGAGGGCAGAUCCUAGAUUCUUCAUUGUAUCUAGAACAGGCAGUGGUCACUCAUAUUUUGAGUCCCUCCAACACAGAGGCAGUUAUUGGAAAUUUAAUGAAAACUCUUUAGGACUUGCACGACGAUCAAAUAUGGAAGCAAUGUCAAGUUAUGACUCGCACUUCCGAUUUGUCCCCGUUGACUAAAUAGUGUAAAAAGACUUCUACAAAUGUUACUGUCCGUAGUAUAAAAACAAUCAUUUCUUUAAGAUUAUUUAUACAACACACUUCACCCAAAGCUUCAUUUCUAAUUUCCAAAAGAGCAGGACUACGAUAUAUGUCGAAUAGUCAAUGUGUAAUGCAAGUACAAACUAAAUCCAACAUUUCAAUGUUUAUGUUUAGGUUUAACUGUUUGCCAAUUAAUGUAAAGCAACAAACAAUCAAUUUAUAAAUGUAAAUUUCUCAU